AAACCGAACUUCUUGUCCACUCAGCUCCGAAAAAGGAAAAAAUGGCCAACUUCUCUCUUCGAACAGAGAACUACUGGUGUACUCUCCCUCACCAUACGAAGUUCCAAAGUCCCAUCAUUAACACUUCUCUGAAACUGCCGCAGUUACAUCUUCUGCCUUCAAAGCGAGGCUUCAAAUUCACAGUUUCUUGUAGUAUCAAGGAACAGAGAGAUGUUGCAGAGAACGAAAGGAUCGGAGUUGUUGGUGGUCUACGUCCAGUUGGAGAAUCAGCUGAGAAGGUUGCCUCUUUGGUUUCUGAGGAUCAAAACAGUACUGUUGGUAGUUCUGGAGGGGAAAGUUUUUACUGGAGAUGGCCUCCGUGGAAAGACCUUCCUCUACGGUAUAAGCUCAUUGGCACUACGUCCUUGGCUUUUGUUAUUUGUAACAUGGAUAAGGUGAAUUUGAGUAUCGCCAUUAUUCCAAUGUCGCACCAGUUUGGGUGGAACUCGUCAAUGGCUGGAUUGGUGCAAUCUUCUUUCUUUUGGGGUUAUGCUCUAAGUCAAUUGCCUGGUGGAUGGUGUGCUAAGAUAUUUGGUGGAAGGCAAGUUCUUGAGAUUGGAGUCUUCUCUUGGUCUUUGGCGACAAUGCUUGUUCCUUCCGUAGCAGGAUUUAUGCCUGGACUUGUCUUGUCAAGGAUUUUGGUUGGAAUUGGAGAAGGUGUUUCUCCUUCAGCUGCAACUGACCUCAUAGCCAGGACAAUUCCAUUAGAAGAGAGAUCACGUGCAGUAGCAUUUGUUUUUGGUGGUUUGAGCGUAGGAAGUGUUUUAGGGCUUCUCUUGGCUCCUCCUCUUAUCCAAAAUUUUGGCUGGGAAUCUGUCUUUUACAUAUUUGGCAUUUUGGGGUUACUUUGGUGUUUGGGAUUUCAGUUUGUUAAAGAAGGGCAAUCUUCAUUUACUGGUCAAAACAUAUCACGAAACUUCACAAGUAUUGCUAGUUUUCCUUCUAACUGGGGGACAAAACCAUGGAAUGCAUCCUUGAAAGAGUUGAGUGUCUCACUAAAGGAUGUUCCUUGGAAGGAAUUUUUCCAAAGCCGUGCUGUAUGGGCGAUGAUAUAUGUUCAUUUUUGUGGGAGUUGGGGCCACUAUACUUGUCUUUCCUGGCUUCCUACUUAUUUCAGUGAGGAGCUGGAUCUAAAUUUGACGGAAGCUGCAGGAGUUUCUGUCCUUCCCCCACUGGCUUCAAUUCUUGUGAGUGGUGUUGCAGCCCAGUUUGCAGACAACUUAAUUGCCAGUGGCGUUGAAACCACAAUGGUGCGAAAAAUUUGCCAAACAAUUGCCUUUUUGUCUCCUGCAGUUUGCAUGACUCUUUCCUCUUUGAAUCUAGGGUUGCCACACUGGGAAAUUGUGGUGCUUCUGACAGGUGGCUUAGCCCUCUCAAGCUUUGCCUUAUCAGGACUUUAUUGUACACAUCAGGAUAUAUCUCCCGAGUAUGCUAGUGUACUUUUAGGUAUUACCAACACGGUUGGGGCAGUACCUGGAAUUGUUGGUGUUGCUCUCACAGGCUAUCUUCUUGAUUCAACCCAUUCAUGGAGUAUAUCAUUAUUUGCUCCAUCAAUCUUCUUCUACUUAACGGGUACGGCAGUAUGGUUAAAGUUUGCAAGUAGUAAGCCUCAAAGCUUUUCCAAAAGAAAUUGAUUCUGUUCGCUUCUCGUGGACUUAAAACUACCAUAAAAAAUGACAUUGAAGUUGGAGUGUUCUUCAUUCUAUUGCAUUGGUGUCCCGAGUUCUUCAAUGGAGCUGCAGAGGUUGACAUCAUUCACCUGUGACAAUUGUUCUAUGACCACAUGGAGAAAAGCAUAUGUAUAUAAUAUGUACAUUAGAUCCUGUUGGAUGAUUGGAGUAGGUAGGAAAAGCCCAAAUUUACCACUGUAAUUGAUUUGAAAUGUUUGAAAUUUCAAGAACACAUUGUUGUAAGGAUUUUAGUUCUUGUAAAUUUAUCCAGGGUAAGAAUUUUCUACU